AUGAGUUCCUCGGACGACGACGCCCCUCUCCUCAAGGCUAGCCGUUCUGGCGCCUUGAAUCCGGGCGUUUCCAUCCGCUUCGGACCAGUUGACGAUGAGGAUGUGAAUAUGAAGGACGCGGCCAAUGGUGUGAAUGGGAGCAAGAGAAGGGCACGGGUCAGCGCUGGGAAACAGUCCUACGCGGAAGCCGAAAGCAGCGAAGACGAAAAGCCCUUGAGCAAGAAGCGCCGUGUCUCCACCAAGAAGCAGAUUGAUUCAGACUCGGAUGAGGACGUUCCUCUGGCUCGGAAAGCGAACGGUGCCAAGCUGCCUAAAGCCUCUGAGACCGCAAUCGGUGAGGAGUCAGACUCAGAUAUGCCUAUUGAGCACAAACUCUCGAAGCAAAAAGCGAAUAUCGAGAAGAAAGCUGAACACGAAGCCAAGGCAAUCCGCAAAGCUGAGGCUACAUCAUCUACGAAAAAGGCUUCAGCUGCAGCUAACGGCAAAAAGCCAAAAUCAAACGGGGUGAAGACGGAAAAUGGCGUUGGUGCUAAGAAAGCUAUCAAGUCGGAACCGUCUACUCCAGCGAAGAAAGGAAAGGGCAAGGCAACUCCUGUCAAGGCGGAAUCCGAAGAUGUAGAAGGGGCUGAGGAGGAAGAAGAGUAUCGUUGGUGGGAGGAUCCAACCAAAGGCGACGGUACUAUCAAGUGGAACACCCUAGAACACAACGGCGUUGUUUUCCCGCCUGAAUACGAGCCUUUGCCGAAGAACGUCAAGAUGAAAUACGAUGGCGUUCCUGUCGUUCUUCAUCCGGAAGCUGAGGAAGUUGCCGGCUUCUUUGGUGCUAUGUUGAACUCUACCCACAACGUCGAAAACCCAACCUUUCAGAAGAACUUUUUCGAGGAUUUUAAGGCCAUUUUGAAGAAGACUGGCGGUGCGAAGACACAGAAGGGUGAGCCCAUCAAUAUUAAGGAAUUCAAGAAAUGCGAUUUCAAGCCAAUUUUCGAGUACUAUGAGGGAAAACGUCUUGAGAAGAAGAAUUUGUCGGCCGCAGAAAAGAAGGCGCUCAAAGCCGAGAGGGAUGAGGCAGAAGCACCCUAUAUGUAUUGCAUAUGGGACGGGCGUAAGCAGAAAGUUGGCAACUUCCGUGUUGAACCCCCAAGUCUCUUCCGUGGCCGUGGCGAGCAUCCAAAGACGGGUAAAGUCAAGACGCGUGUGAUGCCUGAGCAGAUUACGAUCAAUAUCGGCAAGGACGCAAAAGUGCCUCCGCCUCCUGAGGGACAUAAGUGGAAGGAAGUCAGACACGACCAAGAAGGUACCUGGUUGGCUAUGUGGCAAGAGAACGUCAACGGAAAUUACAAAUAUGUCAUGCUUGCUGCCAAUUCCGAUAUCAAGGGCCAGAGCGACUACAAGAAAUUCGAGAAAGCUCGCGAGCUAAAGAAACAUAUCGAUAAGAUCCGGGAAGACUAUCGAAAAGGCCUCAAGUCCGAUCUCAUGGCUGAUCGACAGCGUGCAACAGCGGUUUACCUUAUCGACAAAUUCGCUCUUCGUGCUGGAAACGAGAAAGGCGAAGAUGAAGCGGAUACUGUCGGAUGCUGCUCUCUGAAGUAUGAGAACAUUUCACUUCGACCACCAAACACAGUCAUUUUCGAUUUCCUCGGUAAAGAUAGUAUUCGAUUUUACGAUGAAGUCGAAGUCGACCCUCAAGUCUUCAAAAAUCUGAAGAUCUUCAAGAAAGCGCCGAAGAAGGAGGGUGAUGAGAUUUUUGACCGAUUGACGACUUCUGCUUUGAACAAGCAUCUUUCAAACUACAUGCCAGGUCUGACCGCCAAGGUCUUCCGUACUUACAAUGCGUCCUACACAUUUGCUACUUUGCUCAAGGAUAUGAAGGCGGAAGGCACGGUGGCGGAGAAAGUAAAACAAUACAACGACGCCAAUCGCAGAGUCGCCAUUCUUUGUAACCACAAACGUACAGUCACUGCAGGCCAUGCAAAUCAAAUGGAGAAACUUGGCGACAGGAUCAAAGGUCUUCGCUAUCAAAAGUGGAGAGUUAAAAUGAUGAUGUUGGACAUCGAUCCGAGCCAGAAAAAGAAGAAGGGCUCCAAGUAUUUUGAGUUAGAUGAAGACCUUGACCAGGCGUGGAUUCAAGAGCACCAAGCAUUCCUUAUUGAGGAGCAGAAGCAGAAGAUUACCAAGAAGUUCGAGAAAGACAACGAGAAGCUAGCAGCCGACGGUGAAAAGGAGAUGAAGCCCAAGGAAUUGGAGGAACGACUUGCAGUCCUUAAGGACAUGGAGAAGAAGUUCCAAAAGGAGAACAAGACUGGAAAGGUGGAAGUAGAGGGCAAGGGACAGACGGUUGAGAAACUGGAGAACAACGUCACCAAGCUCGAGCAGCGGAUUGAGAAUAUGUCACUUCAGGCCGAAGACAAGGAGAACAACAAGGAAGUUGCUCUUGGAACAUCCAAGAUCAAUUACAUUGAUCCUCGUCUCACGGUGGUCUUUACAAAGAAAUUCAAUGUCCCUAUUGAGAAAUUCUUCUCCAAGACUCUACGUGAAAAGUUCGACUGGGCUAUCAAGUCCGUUGAGGAGGAUUGGGAGUUCUAA